AACGUCACUCUCAACCCCCACUGCAUCGCCUCCCAGCCACCCGCGAACACCUCACAGUGCUUCUUCCCACAGAAUUUCCUCCCCUUCCUCCACACGCCCUUCUUCAUUCUCAACUCGCUCUACGACUCCUGGCAGAUCGCCCACUCCUUUGCGUCCUUCACAGUCUUCCCAGAAAAGGCGUGGCACUCGUGCCGCAUGUCGCUGCAGGGGUGCAAUCAGGAGCGGCUCGAUCUUAUUCAUGCCUAUCGGGAUGAGAUGGUGGAAAAGGUGUCGCCCCUCCUCUCGUCCAAUCGCAGCGCGCCACCUGUCCGGCGCCUGUUGGCUGCAGCAUCAAGCGAAAGUUCAGCAAACGGAGCGUACCUCGUGUCCUGCCGAGCACACUGCAUGGCAAUGGGUCCCAUGUGGCAUGGCAGCACUGCCCCACAAAUACACAACAAGACGAUGGCAGAGGCAGUGGGAGACUGGUUCUUUGACAGGCAGAGUGUAUCCCUUGUCGAUUGUAAACACCCCUGUAAUCCCACAUGCGCAUGA